ACGGGCCUCGCUCGCCAUUUAUAGGCGGAGGGUAUACUGCCACAGGCGAAAUACUCGAACACCCAAUUUGCAUUCGCUUCCCGCUCGGCAUUUCCUCGAACACCCAAUUUGCAUUCACUGCUCUGCCUCCUCCGCCAUCGUUUUGUUCGAUCGACUGGAAAACAGCGGAGACGAUGAAGAAAGAGAUGAUGGGGUCGAUGGAAGACGAGUUGUUUCCGUCCACGCCCGGGAAGGUGAAGAUCGAGCGGACGCACGCGAUCAAUCGUCAGCUCCACCAGUGCUUCGCGUCCACCAGUACCAUGUUCCUGUGGGCGCUGUUCCUGAUCGCGCUCACGGCUUCCUACCUCAGCUUCCAGAGCUUCGUCGACUCCUCGUCCCGGUACUUUGACGCGUCGUGGGGCGGGAUGCAAUGGGAGAAGCAGAUCCGGGCCUCCGCCACCGUCCGCCGCCCCGGCGGCUUCUCCGUGCUUGUCACCGGUGCUGCUGGGUUCGUCGGCACCCACGUCUCCCUCGCCCUCCGCAAGCGCGGCGACGGCGUGGUCGGCCUCGACAACUUCAAUAGCUACUACGACCCCUCGCUGAAGAAGGCCCGCGUGGCGCUGCUGGACUCCCGCGGCGUGUUCGUGGUGGAGGGGGACAUCAAUGACGCUCGCCUCCUCGCCAAGCUCUUCGACGUCGUGCCCUUCACCCACGUGAUGCACCUGGCGGCCCAGGCCGGCGUUCGCUACGCCAUCGAGAACCCGGCGUCGUACGUGAAUAGCAACAUCGCGGGGCUCGUCGCGCUGCUCGAGGCGUGCAAGUCCGCGGACCCGCAGCCGGCAGUGGUGUGGGCGUCGUCCUCGUCGGUGUACGGCCUCAACGAGAAGGUGCCCUUCUCGGAGUCGGACCGGACCGACCGGCCGGCCUCUCUGUACGCGGCGACGAAGAAGGCCGGCGAGGAGAUCACCCACACCUACAACCACAUCUACGGCCUCUCCACCACAGGGCUCCGCUUCUUCACCGUCUACGGACCCUGGGGCCGGCCCGACAUGGCCUACUUCUCCUUCACCCGCAACAUCCUCCAGGGGAAGCCCAUCACCGUCUACCGCGGCAAGGACCGUGUCGACCUCGCCCGCGACUUCACCUACAUCGACGACAUCGUCAAGGGCUGCGUUGCCUCCCUCGACACCGCGGAGAAGAGCACCGGGACCGGCGGCCGGAAGCGUGGCCCCGCCCAGUACCGCAUCUACAACCUGGGCAACACCUCGCCGGUGACGGUGCCGGCGCUGGUGGGCAUCCUGGAGCACCACCUCAAGAUGAAGGCGAAGAGGAACGUGGUGGAGAUGCCGGGCAACGGGGACGUCCCCUUCACCCACGCCAACAUCAGUUUGGCUCGAGCCGAGCUGGGCUACAAGCCGACCACCAACCUGGAAACCGGCCUGAAAAGGUUCGUUAGGUGGUACCUCCUCUACUACGGCUACAACACGAGAAGCGGCGGCUUAGCCGGCUCAGCUAAGAGCUUGUAAAGAUGCCUCUUUCCCCUUACAUCUCCGACCCAUUUUUUCUUAAAAUUAGGGCUUUCUUUUCCCCCUUCGUUGCAUGAGAUUCGAAUGUAUAAGAUAAUUAGGCAUCAUUUAAUCGAAUCAGAAGUCACUGUAUUUAUUUUCCA